CAAUAUUCUGUUCAGAUUUUACACUUGUUUCGUUUUCUUGUGUCGACAUGUGGAAGUCGAUAAUAUUAGUUACGAAAAUUGGUUCUUUCCAUGUUUGUUAAAUAACGAAAACAUACUCAGCCUACCAGAUCGUUCAGAGAGACACUGCAGAGACGAAGAAGCAAACAAACAAAAAAAUGGCGUCAAGAAGAGUAUCUUCAAUGCUCUCUCGCUCCUUCAUGUCCUUGCCCUCGCUGUUCGCUCUUAGAGGCAAACACCACAACACGAACAGAGGAGUUUACGGAUACAGCAACGUCGCUGCAGCCGAAGACACGAUCACUCCGCCUGUGAAAGUAGAGCACACACAGCUCUUAAUCGGCGGAAAGUUCGUUGAUGCAGCCUCAGGAAAGACAUUCCCAACUUUGGAUCCAAGAACUGGAGAAGUGAUCGCUCAGGUGGCUGAAGGUGAUGUGGAAGACGUGAACCGUGCGGUUUCGGCUGCACGCAAGGCCUUUGAUGAAGGACCAUGGCCUAGAAUGACAGCUUAUGAGAGAUCAAAGAUACUACUUCGCUUCGCUGACUUGGUCGACAAACACAACGACGAGAUUGCUGCUAUUGAGACUUGGGACAAUGGGAAGCCUUUUGAACAGUCUUCCAAGAUUGAAGUUCCUAUGCUCGCUAGGGUGUUCCGUUACUAUGCUGGUUGGGCAGACAAGAUCCAUGGAAUGACGGUUCCUGGAGAUGGUUCACACCAUGUGCAGACACUCCAUGAGCCUAUUGGAGUCGCUGGACAGAUCAUCCCAUGGAACUUCCCUCUUCUCAUGCUUUCUUGGAAACUUGGACCAGCUUUGGCUUGCGGUAACACCGUUGUCCUCAAGACGGCUGAGCAAACUCCUCUCUCCGCUCUUCUUGUUGGAAGACUACUUCACGAGGCUGGACUUCCGGAAGGAGUUGUGAAUAUAGUGUCUGGAUUUGGUCCUACAGCUGGUGCAGCCAUAGCUAGUCACAUGGACAUUGAUAAGGUUGCUUUCACCGGUUCUACUGAUGUGGGAAAGAUUAUUCUUGAGCUGGCUUCAAAAAGCAACCUUAAGGCAGUGACUCUUGAGCUUGGAGGCAAGUCCCCGUUCAUUGUAUGUGAAGAUGCUGAUGUGGAUCAGGCCGUUGAGCUCGCUCAUUUCGCUUUGUUCUUUAACCAGGGACAAUGCUGCUGUGCUGGCUCGCGUACGUUUGUACAUGAACGUGUGUAUGAUGAGUUUGUUGAGAAAGCUAAAGCUCGCGCAAUCAAACGCGCUGUUGGAGAUCCCUUCAAGUCUGGCAUUGAGCAAGGUCCCCAGGUGGACUCGGAGCAGUUCAAGAAAAUCCUCAAGUACAUUAAACAUGGAGUUGAGAGUGGAGCUACCUUACAAGCAGGUGGUGACCGGUUUGGUUCCAAGGGUUACUACAUUCAGCCCACUGUCUUCUCAGACGUCAAAGACGACAUGCUCAUAGCAACAGACGAGAUCUUCGGACCGGUUCAAACCAUACUUAAAUUCAAGAAUCUGGAUGAGGUUAUUGCCAGGGCUAACAACUCUAGGUAUGGUUUAGCUGCUGGAGUGUUCACUCAUAAUCUGGACACGGCGAAUCGGCUGAUGAGAGCGCUCAGGGUUGGAAGCGUUUGGAUAAACUGUUUCGAUGUGUUUGAUGCCACAAUUCCAUUCGGAGGGUACAAGAUGAGUGGCAUUGGAAGAGAGAAAGGUAUCUACAGUCUCAACAAUUACUUGCAAGUCAAGGCUGUUGUCACUGCCAUCAAGAACCCGGCUUGGCUCUAAACCAAACCAAACCAGGUAUCUCUCCCUUAAUAAGCUGGACUUAUUCUUAUUUUCCGAGGUUGGUUAAUAAAGGAUUUAACACUUAUGAUGAUGAUAAAUUUAUCUUCAGCUCAUUUACACAUGAAGCUACAUAAAAAUGUGUGAUUUGUAAAACAUUUCUUGAUAUAUUCAUCUUUUUUCUUCUUC